UCGUGAUUCAGAUCGACAUUUUCGCUUCUUCUUGGGACAAAGAGCGAGAGAUAAUUAAAAAAUAUUAUUUUUCAAAACAAACACGAAGAAGGAACGAUGCGUCGCUUAUCUCCGUUCUUCUUAUUAAUCUUGCUUCCCUUCGUCUUGGCAUGCGAUAAGCGACCGACUUUCGAAGAUCUCAAGCCGAAACGUCGUGGCGACAACGGAUACCGUCUUUUCAUCGGCGGAAAUCCCAAAGGAUACGAACCUGGCAAAACUUACAACAUUUUCCUGCUUGGCCAACGAACGCACGAACGUUUGCAGCAAUUUACGCAUUUCACAUUGACAGCUCGUGCUUCACGGGGACCUUCGAGAAAGUCACAUACUUCGAUUGCGGGACCUCGUCGCAUCGGAAGAUUCCAACUUUUCAGCGAUUCGCUGACGAAAUUCAACGAAAAUUGCGUAAAUACCGUUUCCGAGGCGGAUGACUUCCCAAAAACGGAGAUUCAGGUCUUAUGGGUGGCUCCUGCUGCGGGAAGCGGAUGUGUCGCAUUGUCGGCGAUGGUUCUGGAAAACAUCAAUAAUUGGUAUUCGGACGACGGGGAACUCACAAAAGUCAUUUGCGAGGCGAAACCUGAGGAAAAAGCCCAAAAAUACGAAUGUUGCGCUUGUGACGAGGCAAAAUAUAAUUUCGUGUUCGAAGGAAUUUGGUCGAACGAAACUCACCCGAAAGAUUUUCCGUUUGCCGUUUGGUUAACGCACUUUUCGGACGUCAUCGGAGCCUCGCACGACACGGAUUUCUCGUUUUGGGGCGAAAAUCACAUCGCUACCGACGGGUUUCGAUCUCUCGCUGAAUGGGGCAGCCCACGGGCUUUGGAGCAAGAAUUACGUGCAAAAUCGCCGCGAUUGAAGUCCCUCAUUAAAGCAGCUGGUUUGUGGUAUCCUGACGUCAAUACGAACACAACUUCGAAUUUUCGCACCGAUCGGAAGCAUCACAAAGUCAGCAUGGUGAGCAUGUUCGGUCCCUCGCCAGAUUGGGUUGUUGGCGUCUCCGGAUUGAAUUUGUGCAAAGCGGAUUGCUCGUGGGAAGAGUCGCUCGAUGUGGAUUUGUUUCCAUGGGAUGCGGGAACGGAUAAUGGGAUCUCGUACAUGUCGCCGAAUGCGGAAACUAUUCCGAGAGAACGAAUGACGCGGAUUACGACAAUGUAUCCGGAAGAUCCGAGAGCGCCGUUUUACAAUCCAAAGUCGGAUAAAAUGACGCCGUUGGCUAAAUUGUACAUCAGACGGGAGAAAGUUAUUCCGAAAAGUUGCGAUGCGGAUUUUUUGAUGUCGCAGCUGUUGGAGGAAUCGGAAAAUACGGAGGAAGAAGUGAGACCUGAAUGUGAAACAACUCACUUUAGUCAAUGGUCAGCAUGCAGUGUAACUUGCGGUAAAGGAAUUCGCAUGAGAAAUCGUCGUUACAAGAAUCCAAGUUUAGCUGCUCAAGCUAAUUGUAAUCGUCAACUUGUCACGAAGGAAAUGUGUGUUGCUUCAGUUGCUGAAUGCGAAGGAGACAAAUUCGAAGACACGGAAACCCUUUCUCGAGUAGCUGCAACACAAGAUACCGACGGAGAAGGAACUGGCAUUUGUCGUACUACAAAAUGGUCGGAAUGGAGUCCUUGCUCUUCAAGUUGUGGCAUCGGAAUUACCAUGAGAACUCGAACUUUUGUCGAUCAUCAAGGCAGAAAAAAAUGUCCUCAUAUCACAAUUGUUGAAAAGGAAAAAUGCAUGAAACCCGAUUGCGAAGUCACGAAUAUGGAAGCUCCUGAUGCCAUGUGCCCAACAACUAUUUGGAGUGAUUGGUCUCCAUGUUCCGUGAGUUGUGGCAAAGGCGUUCAAAUCCGUUCUCGCCUGUUGCUUGUCGAGCCAGAAAUGAAAGAAACUUGCUCGAAACGCGUUGUGUUGAACGAACAACGGCCCUGUGCUGAACAAGCUGAUUGUUCAAUUUCUCCCGCUGAAGCCAACGAAAUUUGUCGAAUGCCCGCUGAAACGGGUCCUUGUCGUUCGGAGUACAUUCGGUUCGCGUAUCAACCUCAAACGCGUUCUUGUGUUGGUUUCACGUACGGCGGAUGUCGCGGAAACCGAAAUAAUUUCCUCACGGAAGAAGAUUGUUUGAGUACGUGUCAAAAUGUGACGUUAAAUGAAGAAAAUUUUGAAGUUGAAGCCACAAAUUCGAAAAAACCCGUCGAUUGUGUUCUUUCUGAUUGGUCUCAAUGGACCCCUUGUAGUGCAACUUGCGGCAUUGGAAGAUCAGAAAAGUAUCGUGACGUCUUGAGACAAGCAGAAAAUGGAGGAAAACCAUGCCCUGAACGUCGAAUUGUCAAGCGGAGACGUUGUUAUGCUCCUGCUUGUUAAAAUUUUAAUGAAAAAAAAUAAUUUUUAAUUUUUUUACGAUAAAUUUUUAUUUUUUGUGGGUUUUUUAAUAUAUUUCAAGUACAAGACGAUUUUUAAAUAUAUUUUAGUAAAAUGUAUAAAGUUACAUUGUAUCAAUUUUAUUUGUUUUUUUUUAUUAUUAAAUAUUAUUUACUGAGUGAUUUUUA